UUUGUCACUUUGACAGCCGUCUUUUUGUGUACGUGUGUAUUCCCAUAAAAUGGCAAAUUUGGAUGAUAUUUGAAUAAUUCAUGGCUUAAAUCAGUCGAUUAUAAUAUUGCAACUAAUUAAUGAGUUAAUGUUAACAUGGAUCAUUCAAGGCUUUGCAUGUUCCUAGUACUGUUUACUACUGGGGUGUAUUCUGAUGAACACAAUCAUAUAUACAAAGAUAAUGAAGAAGUGGUACUAUGGAUGAAUACUGUUGGUCCAUAUCAUAACAGACAAGAAACUUAUGCUUAUUUCACUUUACCGUUUUGUGUCGGAGUCAAAGAUUCAAUAAGUCAUUACCAUGAAACCCUCAGUGAAGCAUUGCAGGGUGUUGAACUAGAAUUUAGUGGUAUUGAAAUCGAAUUUAAGAAUCCUGUUCCAAAACAUACUACAUAUUGUGCAGUACAGUUAGAUUAUGAAAAAUACAAGGCAUUUGUUUAUGCUGUUAAAAACCAUUACUGGUAUCAAAUGUAUAUUGAUGACCUCCCAAUUUGGGGUGUUGUUGGAGAGGUAAAGGACAAUAAUUAUUUCAUUUGGACGCAUAAGAAAUUUGAAAUAGGUUAUAAUGGACAGCAAAUCAUUGAUGUUAAUUUGACUUCCGAAGAGAAGGUUUUGCUGGCACCUGAUGCCAAACUUAAGUUUACUUAUGAAGUGAUUUGGAAGCCUGUUUCUACAGCGUUCAAUGAUCGUUUUGAUAAAUAUCUUGAUCAUAAUUUCUUCCAACAUCGGAUACACUGGUUCAGUAUUUUCAAUAGUUUUAUGAUGGUCAUAUUUUUGGUUGGAUUGGUUUCAAUGAUUUUAAUGAGAACUUUGGGAAAAGAUUAUGCUAGAUAUAGUAAAGAUGAGGAUAUAGAUGAUAUGGAGAGGGACUUAGGUGAUGAGUAUGGUUGGAAGCAAGUGCAUGGAGAUGUUUUCAGACCUGUAUCUAAUGCUGUUUUGUUUUCUUCAUUGAUUGGAGCAGGUCAUCAAUUGACCCUUGUUGUAUUUUCUGUUAUAAUUUUUGCUAUCUUAGGAGAAUUAUACACUGAGCGAGGAUCUCUUCUUUCAACUUCAAUCUUUGUUUAUGCCAUCACUUCUCCGGUGAAUGGUUAUUUUGGAGGAUCCCUUUAUGCACGAAUGGGCGGCAAAAUAUGGAUCAAACAAAUGCUUCUUUCUGCAUUUCUGUUGCCUGUACUAGUUUGUGGAACAGCUUUCUUCAUAAACUUCAUAGCUAUUUACUAUCAUGCCUCUAGAGCAAUUCCAUUUGGUACUAUGGUUGCUGUUACUUGCAUCUGCCUGUUUGUUAUUCUACCCCUCACACUAGUAGGAACAGUUCUGGGAAGAAAUUUAGCUGGUCAGCCAGAUUAUCCUUGCAGGAUAAACGCAGUGCCCCGUCCUAUACCAGAAAAAAAAUGGUUUAUGGAGCCUGGGGUCAUCAUUCUUUUGGGCGGCAUAUUACCAUUCGCAAGUAUUUUCAUUGAGAUGUAUUUCAUCUUUACUUCCUUCUGGGCAUAUAAGAUCUACUACGUCUAUGGAUUCAUGCUGUUGGUGUUCUUGAUUUUGAUGAUUGUAACUGUUUGUGUUACCAUAGUUUGUACCUAUAUAUUACUGAACGCAGAAGAUUAUCGUUGGCAGUGGACAUCCUUCUUGGCAGCAGGCUUCACUUCUGGAUAUGUUUAUUUAUAUGCCAUAUACUAUUUCUUCUUCAAAACAAAGAUGUAUGGAUUGUUCCAAACAGCGUUCUACUUUGGAUACAUGGCACUUUUCAGUGGUGCUCUAGGAAUAAUGUGCGGAACUGUUGGAUACACCGGUGCCAGUAUAUUUGUGAGGAAGAUUUAUUCCACAGUUAAAAUAGACUGAAAAGUGAUCGAAAUGCUACAACUGUAUAUAGUAAUUUUUUGUUGAUUGGUGAAUUUUAAUUCACGAUUUUAGAAUAUAUUAGAGGUAUUCAAAUCAAUAAUUUAUGUUAAUAUGUUAUUUUAAUGCCAGUUAGGUUAUUUUUUUAUACAAAAUAUGAAGAAGUUCAUAGUUUUUUUUUUGCGAAUAUUAUAUCAUUGAUUUAUUCAAAUUUGAAUUUCUUAUGUGUCUGCAAUAAACUCGUAUGAAAAGUUUAUUCGUAUUUUCAAACGUUGUAGUCAAUUUCAAUUUUGAAUAAAAUAUAUAAAAUCCCAAA